CAAACGAAACAGAACUCUCGUCUGCGCUGUAAGAGACUUGCGACACAUUUAAUUUUUGAAAAAAUUAACUACUAUUCAAGAUGAUGCGAUAUUCGGAAGAAGGUGAAACGCUGAAGGAUAACACAAAAUGCGCUACCAUACGUGCGAACUUAAAAAUGUGUCUGUUACAAAGUGAUUGUUGCAAAAUUUACAAAAGAACGCCCAGAGAAUGCCUUCGAUCAAAAGACAAAAAUGUGCCCGACGAGUGUUAUGCCCUGCAUAAAACGUUUUUUGAUUGCAAACAUUCAAUUAUUGAUGGAAGAAGAAGAUUCAGAGGACCUAAGGGUGGUUACUAGUAAUACAAUAUUGUAAAACUAUUUAUAUGUUUCUUUCUUAAACAAUUCUAAUCUUAUUUUGUCCAUUGUAGAAUGAUAACCUUGC